GUAUGUGGGUGUGGCCAAAUAGAUUGUAGCCCCGCCUAUUUGUGCUUAGCAUGUCUUUUCAGAAGAGUCUUCACCCAGUUCUAGUCCCGCUAGUAGAGGAGUGCUUCAGAAAUGACAAGAUUAAUGGACAAGGCGGGAUGAUGGCUAUCACUGGAGUCAAAAGCAGUCUAAUUAACGGGCCUACAGAUAAGCUCUGUGAUCGUUUCACCGUAUCAGUCCCUUACUGUGGCUCUCACAUUAAAUGGGAGGUUAUAUUUAAUCACAAGUACCCAACUGAACCUCCUGAUAUUGUCUGGAGUGCAGACGAUGAUAUAAAUAAUUUUGACCCUGAAAUCGAUAACUUACAAUCACUUGUGGAUUGGAAUCACAAAGACAACCUCUCCCUCUCUCACCUGCUUGAGGAACUAUUAGAAGAAUACCGGCGACACCAUAAAUCCCUCAUAUCGUCUCAUCAAAGACUCAAUUUUGAAUAUAACACACUUAAAGAGAGUAACAUGUCGUUGAGUCAGAUUGACAUACACUGCCAACCACCUACCACUAAGCAAAGUGAACCAGUCACCACCUUCUACAUUAGACUUGAAGUGGAUUUCUCUACUUUACCUGCUUAUCUCUCAAAAGAUAAUCCUGGUGCUAGUUUUGCAGCAUUGACUGCUGUCUUUCAUCCACCAAAUGCCAGUAAAGUUGAUAUCAGUCUCUAUCUAUCACCUUCUAUUGAGAGGAUAUUGGGUAGUGCUGCUAAUAUUAAGCUUCCUAGUUGGAACAGUGAGGACUCUUACCUCAUGGACUAUGUCCCUAAUGUACACAAAAUACUCCAAGAAAAGGUCGAAGGUAUAGUACAGAACUUUGUAAGGCGUAAGGAGUACAUAGCAGCACUGCUGGGUUUAAUGGGGCAAUCAGUACUGGAGUAUGAUACCGAGAGCUACAUGAAGAUUGCUUUUCUUUUUGAGUCAAAUCAAGGGUUUUGCUUCAUUGCACACUUAAAUUUGACUGAAGCUUUUCCCAGUGAAGUCCCCAUUCUCUCUCUCUACUCUAUCUAUCAUAAAUAUGAUGGACGGCCAUUUCAAUACAUAUUGGAGGGUAUGCCUUAUAGUUCUCAUUGGGACGCUGAAGAGAAAGCAUGGAGAAUGAAGACUCACAUUGCUCAAGUUAUUCCAAAGUUUAUGGAGAUUUGUAGAACAUCAGGAGAACUUUUAUAGUAACACAUUUUUGUACUAAUUAUCUUAUCACUUCCCACACUACUAAUUACUCCAACUUUAUGGAUUAAUAAUUUUUUCCAAAAAAUGAAUUAAUUUUAUGGAGACACAAAGAAAAGAAAAAUUGUUCUUUCCGCAUAUAGUGGGUUUAUAUAUGUACUUUCAUCAUGUACAUAACACAAGAGAGUUUUAUGGCUA